UGGCGUCUUUCCACAUGGUGAUAAAAAUGAUUUUAGGACUCGCAUUAGAAUCGUAAAAGAAUCAUGUGGUUUAUGUGGCCAAAUGAACAAAUUGCCAAUAUUUGACUUUCGAGUAAAUUCACUUCUUUCUUUGUACAAAUUACUACGCGAUGUUGCCGUUGUAUUAUCUCAAAUAAUAUUUUGCAAAGCCGAAAAGUGUAGAGUUAAUUUGUUUUUGUGUUAUAAAUACGUAUAAUGCGUGUACUUUGUUUUAAAACGAUCGAUUCACCAAAUGUUAUCUAACAACUUAAUGUUAAAUACUGCGAAAAGGACUUAAAUCUAAAUCCAAAUACUUUACUUCCGUAAAUAGUGAAUAUUUAGAUUUAAGAAAAUGACGAAAAAUCUAAACAUAACAAAAUUGGAUAAGACCUUGAUUAGCUUGUAAAUAGUACCUCUGUACAUAUUGUACAAAGAAAAUGAGUUCGGGAAACAGAGCCACCUCCAAGGGUGGCAAAGUGAAGAGUGAAAAAUCUCAAAAGUCAGAGAAAUCAGAAAAUAAAGGAAAAGGCGGCGAUAAACAGCAGAACAGAGAUUCCAAUUCCAAAAAUGAGGACCCCAGCAUUAAAGAUAAAGUAAAACAACUUAUAGAAAUGUCGCAAAGAUCUGAAGAAGAAGUUUGUUUGGCUCUUCACGAAUGUGAUUAUGAUAUGAACCAGGCUACAAACAUGUUGUUUGAAGAAAUGACCACUGGCGAGUGGGAAACUAGAGUUAAGAAGAAAAAGAACAGACAAGCCUCAGCCAGCAAACAAGACAAGGCCGAUGAAAAUGCCCCAGUUGAAGAAUGGAAUGAUGCGCUGCCACCAUUAUCUAAUGCCGCAGGCGGAGACAAAGAUAAACCACGGGGUGGCAGUCGCGGCGGCAGACAGAAUAACAGGGGCUGGCGAGGCCGUGAACGCGAACGUCAAGAAAACGAUCGUAAUGCUGAGGACCGUCCCCGAGGCGAUAGAGAUAGAAGGGGUCGACCAGGAGGCGGUCCAAGAGGUGGUGGAAGUGGUCGAGGAGGAAGAGGAGGUGGCAGAACCGGCGGGCGAUAUUUACCCAGGGGCAACAGAAACAACAACGCCUAUAAGCCUAUUGACACGUGGGAUAGUUCGAAUACUUGGGAUAAUAAUACUGUCGCUGUUACAAAUCACGUAGAAGAUAAUUGGGACGAUUUUCCAGGCACCGAUGAAUGGUCAACAGAGGAAUACCAAGGAAGUCUGGCAGAUACUAAAGUAUUUACUCCUAGCAUUCCUUCUUCAGCAAUGGAUCCUGUGAUUGAGCAAAGUAAUGCAAUGAGUGCAUUACAAGAUCCAACAUUUGUUGCAGAUCAACUGGUACAGCAUACCCCUCAGAGGCCCUCACAAAGUCCUGUGCCGCCUAUGAUGGGUAGUCUUACAGCAGCUCAAACUCAAUAUUUUUCACAGCUGCAGCAGAACAAUGAUAGCCUCGCCAAAUCGUAUCAGACUCAACCGUAUCAAAGUCAAACCUAUGAAAAACCUACUACAAACCAAUAUGCAACUAACACAAGUCCACAGUACAACAGUGCAUCAACUAAUGCAUAUGGGUCGAGUGUUUCUUCUCAAUCUUACGGUACUGGAACUCAGCAGUAUGGUACCCAAACGAACUCAAGCCAGUAUGGUACCCAAACGAACUCAAGCCAGUAUGGUACCCAAACCAACUCGAGCCAAUAUGGUACCCAAACCAACUCGAGCCAAUAUGGUACAGACAAUACAUACCAGAGUAAUGUUUAUGUUGCAGGUCAAGAAACAGCGUCCACUCAACAACCAACCCGGACAAAACCACAGAGGGCUCGGGUACCACCACCUUCAAAGAUUCCAGCUAGUGCGGUAGAAAUGCCAGGUGAUCUGAAUUCGAGUAUAGGCUACUUGGACGUCCAGUUUGGUGCUAUGGAUCUGAUAGACGCGAAUUCUUCGUUUGACGGAGGCAUAGAAACCAAAUAUGGUACUACAACUCAGUCUACUAAUAGCAUUGAAGCAGCGUCAGUAGUGACUCCUUCAGGUGGAAGCCUAGAUCUCAGUUCAUCGUCUGUGAAUCAAAACUCUAGUUUGGAUGCCUAUUCCCCCAAAACUAAUACACAGAACAGUAUUAGCUCUGCUUUGUCACAGAGCCUGUCAAAUUCAGAUUCCAUUCCCCAAACUACCGAUCAUCUGACGAACACGUACAGUUCUGCUCCGAGGACGACGACGCAGGGCAGCACUCCAGCAUCAUCUUCGGUAACGGCAGCAGGCCUGGAUCUAGGAGGGAGCAAGCAACCUCCUGACACGCAUUCGUACUCACAGUCGUCAACUUACAGUUCCUACCAGCCUAAAACAAAUACUUAUAAUUCAUCAACAUAUAGUGGGACGACAUCUACUGUGAGUUCUUAUGUGACGAAUCAAGCUAAUAGUUACGCGAACAGUCAGACUGGAUCAUACAAUGCUGCUAGUGGGAACACUUAUCCAAGUACCUACUCUUCUAAUAGUUCGUAUCAAUCCAGUACGAAUUCGACAGCAUAUCCAUCGAUUAGUCAGGCGAAUUCUUACUCUUCGAAUACCCCAUCCUAUCCACAGAAUACUAGUCAAUCUGUUUAUGGUGCUAACACAGGUUUGAAUAACAGUUCUAGUUAUGGUAAUACGACGACAAAUCAGUAUAAUAGCUACAGUUCCACGAACAAAAUAAGCAAAGAUAGCAGCGUCUAUGAAAAUAGUUCGAGUACAUCAAGUAGCAGCCAGACGACUUCUACGAGUAGCGUAACGACUACGACACCAUUGUCAUUGUCUCAGUCCGGGGUUACUACUAGUAAAACGUCGACAGCUUUAGUGAAAAAUUCCAACAGUAUUGUGUCAAACAUGCCACCCAACGUAACGCCUGUCAUGAGUAUGCCGUACAUAGGGCAGGUGCCGUAUUUCCAACAGCCCAUCUAUUCUUUUGAAGACAUGCAGAUGCUGCAGCAGAGGCUUCCACAUAUGUUACCUGGUGACGUCGAUUUGGUACCAUCGAAUGUGACGAACCUAUGUAUUUAUCCUACACAGACGACGACGCCCUACUAUGAUAUGAGUUAUCAGACGCCGACGACGAUGCCGGCCGUCCGGGACGCCGCGGCGCUAGGCAACGUCGGGUAUUCGCUGUCGGAUGGGAGGUUUGCGAGGACCGACAACAACGCGUCGCCCGUGCCGACCACCCUCUCCCAGCAGACGAGCACUUUGACGCAGGGACAUCAAGGCCAGCCGAUACUGACCGGUACCGCUCCUCCGCCUUACUUCUAUGCGACGGCGUUCAACACCAUCGCUCCAAACUACCAGUUCGGUAUGUACACGCAACUACCCGCAACAAACGCUCAUGGUUCCAGUAACAGUACCCAAUAUCCCAAACCUGCGACGUACAGCAACUAUGGCAACUACGAUACCUUAGGUCAGUCACAAGACUACACUAAAGCCGGUUAUGUAAGCAACACGCAGGGGCAGAAAGGUAGCGCGGCGAACGCCUCUUCCACGGGAUCUACAGCUACUGAUCUCUCUGCGAUGUACGGGAAAUCUCACACCGCUUUAGGAAAAGUUAAUUCAUACGAAAAACAGGGUUUCCAUUCGGGGACGCCUCCCCCGUUCACGGGUGGCAUUCACGGUAGUCAAAACGCGGGGUUGGCGCCAGGUGGGACGGGCUACGCUCCACCAGUGUACAUACCUACCCUGCCUCCACAUCAGCAGCACCUCAUGCAGCAGCCUCUUCAUCAGAUGGAUGUAAGGCACCAGAAUCGACGCAUGGAUUCAGGUACCACUGCGGGUCAACGUUCACAAGCGACAAACCAAGCUAAGACCGGUCCGAAACAACCCUACCAGACAUCCUACUGGAACCAACCUUAAGGAUAUGGGUACACACUAUAAAAAUGCCUGCUCACUAAUCAUCCCACCCCCCGCCUCCUCUCACAUACAAGAAAUCUAUAGGUGGUUCAGAUUCGUUACUACAGUUAUUAGCCGUAAAUGUAUCUACUUUUAAUGAGAAAAUGUGAACAGUCCUUAAUUAUUUAUUUUUAGUCUUAAAAGGCUUUUCUUAUAAUUUGACUCGAUGUGACUUUUUAUAAAAUAAAUAGAAGCCUGUAUGAUACUUCUUAAAUAUUUUAAACAAUUUUUAUUAUUUUUUGAUGACUUUUUUGUAUCUAGGGUAAUUUAAACAAAGAAUGAAUUUAGGUUAUUAAAUUUGGUAAGCGUCGUAUCGCAAUGUUGUGCAAUUUAUUUUUGUUUUUGAGGUUUCUGUUAUGAUACAACUUUGACCAAUUAGCAACUUGUUUUUUAUUAGUAAGAAUGGUCAAGAGGAGUUAUUUUUAAUUUUAAAGAGAGGUAGGGCUUAUAGGAUUCAACUGAGCAGACGGAAGUCAAUUCGGAGUAAUUCUUUUUUAUGUUUUGGCAGAAUAAGGUGGAUUUCUUCAAGUUAACGAAUAUUCUGCUUAUGAAACUCAAUGUUUGUCUGUAUCGUUAUUUUGUUACCUAGUAUUAAAAAAAAUUGUAAAUACAUUUAGAUCAUUUUAUACAAUAAAUGUUGCUUGACGAUUGCGUAUACAAAUAAAAUAAUAAAUAAAUAAAUAUGAAUGUUAAGUCAGAUGUAAGCUGUAUAGGAGAAAUUGUUAUAAGAAUUCGAGAGACAGUCGUAUUUGAUAAACUUUUUUAAGUUCAUGUUUAGUAUUUUCGAUUGAGUACACAUUCAUAGUCAAGAGUAUCAAUCAUCACUAAAGGAAUUCUUUGGGAAAGUAUACAGUACUUUUUUAAUCCGGCUCGAAGGACCAAAUAAGUGCUGCAUACUUUUCCAAACAGGAAUUAUAACUUUUAUAUAAGUAUUUGAAUAGAAAGGUUUCUUAACACAGCUAUUAGUAUAUGUUACACUGCAGUUCAAAUAAAUGGAUGAGAUAUUUUUACUUUUAGUUAUUACUGGAGACAUGUCCUGUACAUCCGAACGAACAUUGUGCUCAAUAAUCAGAUACUGUGGGAAUGAUAACUACAGCGCAUCCUAUGCAAAAGAGAAAUAUUUAGGAGUUAGAUAUAUUUAAAGAUGUUCCUUUGGCCUAUUCCUGAGACAUUUUCAGACCUAUUGUGGUCUUCUAGUCCUAGAUUACAUUCUCUAGCCUGACCCUUUUUAAAAGGUCUAGUAGUAUCGAGACUGAACCUUCCAUAUAGCCAUUUGCCAGUGGAUUUUCUUCUACUAAUGUAAAGAACCUGUCAGACUGACAUAGAAUGUGCUUUGCUGAUUCUUUGCUUCUGUCUUCCAGGUGACAGAAUCUGCACGGGUCAUCAUCUGACAAUCCCAUCAGUUGACAUUUAGGAGUUUAGUUGUAAUACCCAUAGCUUAUUAUAGAUUGGAUCAAACGAUAGAUUAGUUUGGAAACUAGAGCGGCUUUCGGCCUGACAUACUGAUACCUUACAGAUCUAUUGAGCUCCCCUUUGUCACAAAGCUUCUUAUCCAACGCUGUUCUUUUAAUGAGGUUCAACAACCUUAAAGGAGAUUUUUCAUAUAGAUUGGUGCUUCUGUUUUUUUUUAUCUUUGAUGCUAGAUAUCGCAGUCUUGUCAGACCUUCACACUGAAAUUUGUCACAAAUUGACUUCACAGUCAGUUAUGAAUUUGGCCAAAUGUCCCUUGAUGUACCCUUUAGCUUUUUUUUGUCUUGGUGCAUUUCUCCACAGUUCCAGAGACUUAUCACCCAUGUAUCAUUGGCUGCUCUUUUGUAUGUAUUAGCAGUUCCAAAGUAAUUAUGUUGUAAUUUAUCAGCCUUCUCAUUGUCCUGUUAGCCUUGAUGACGUGGAAACCAAGCUAGUGUCAAUCUAUUCCGACUCAACCUGGGAGAGGGCAUCCAAAUAGUCUCACAUAUCCCUUGAAUCAACCUACGUAGAAGUGAGUGCUUUUGGAGCUGCUUGGCUAUCAGAGUAGAUCACAAUCGAGUUGUUCUGCACUUGCCGAUCUAUUAGUUCCAAAGCAUUUGUAUAGAGGUGACUUCAGCCUGAAAUACAGUGGCAGUUUUUCCCUCAACUUAACUGGAUUUACACCUCCUGUGCCUGUAUCGGUUUGGAGCAGUUUGUAUACCAACUGGAGUUUGUCAUUACUGGCGAACUGGUUUCUCAAUCCUCUCUAUGUGGUGCUAUGGUGUUAAAAUGUUCGUCAAAGCUAUAAUCUUCGAAUCAUUCAUUCUACAGAAAUGCCCAGAACGGAGUUCGCCUUUAACUCCUGAUUUAAACCUGUUUGAUAGGCCUGAUAUGAAGGAUGGUGGGUUUAAUAACACUUGUGAUAGCUCCCGUAACACUCAAGCAAGCACCCACAGUAUAACACAACUACUGAGCUAAUGUAAACAAGUGUAAACUCUGCAGAAUGUAACUCCAGAAUGACAAAAAGGGAAAUACCAAGCUUUACUAAACUUAAAAAUGCGUGUACUUAAAAAACUACACAGAAAACUGUAGUAAAAAAUAUCACACUGUUAUUUAUGUAUGCGAUUAGUUCAUUAAUAGAUCCACCAAAAUCGAGAUUCUAUCCUUUGGGUCCAAAGGUACCACUGAGUCACGAAUGGGUGUACUCGAGCAUUUAAUAGUGUUGUGGAGUCUAGACAUACAUCUGUUUGCUGUCUGACUUCUCCCAUUGAAUUUUUCUGUGAUAUCUUUUUAUGUGUUGAUUUCAUAUUUUCUUUAUUGUGGAGCAUCUAAAAUGCUCCACUCUUACGAAGUUAUAUGGGUCUAUUAUUACAUUUUGCCAUAUUCUGUCGCUUUACUUAAAAGAAUAAUAUUUUUCAAUCAAUUUUUGCUAUGAUUUGUACAUCUGUAAGUUAUAUUUUUAUUACUCUUUAUUAUUUUAGUACUCUUUGUUACUAUUUUUAUUUAACUAAAGGUAGGUACGUCAUUAUGCUCAUGAUAUCCAUUUCUUUGCAGAUGAACAAGUCUGUAUUUUUAGGAAGGUAGUUCCACCAGUAAAGAUGUAACUGAUUUUGGUAUCUUUAACCUAUUCAUACUCGUUGAUCCAAUUUUUCAAUAAGACUCGUAUUCUCCAUGACUAUGAAAAAGUUAUGUGAUUUCCAGAUCCUUGAGACCCAUCCACAUCAUAUUUAUUUCGUUGGUGCAAUGAUAUAUUCGUUCACAUGGUUAUCUAAUUUUUACAUAUUGAUAUGAGAUUGCAAACUGAAUCUUCGUCAUCUGUCUAAAGCUAAAACAAUAAUUGUAGAAGAUAUAAUUCCUAAAUAUUGAAUAUUAGCGAAAGUAAUAAUGAGUUUGUUGAUGGCUCUGACAUGACUGUACUCGAUCUGUCAUAUUGUCUUAGAUUUGUGAUAAAAAGAAAUUCUAUAGUUUGACAAUCACUUUGUGAGUUAUCUUUAUUUGUAGUUUUUAUAUAUAGCACUACAAUAAUUUGAGUUUUUCAAGCAGAAUAAAUCUAUGACCUAUAUUUAGAUCCUUUGUGGUGCGAACUUUUUUGGUAACUACGAAACGGUGUAGGAAAAUUUGUAAAUUAAAAAACUUUUGUACUGACCCGACCCCCCCUACGCAAAUUGUGAAGUUUUGUCUGUGCAUACACAUUUAGGGUUAGAUCAAGCAAACAGUUGGUAAAAAUUGGCUUACCGAUUAUGCACAGUUGCAUGACUGAUCUUGUGUCGGCCAUAUUGUCCCGUCAAAGAACUGUCAGACGGUACGUUAAGGCAUCGCGUGUUCCCUUGUACGGGACUUUGUUGGCACGAAAUAAGUUUUUAAAUACAUAGUUAGAUUUAUUAAUUAUUAAAUUUAAAUUAUCUGUACCUAUUGCUAUUUGUAUAAAAUAUUCACUUUUAUUAUGUAAGCACCUGUAUAUGUGUAGUUUUGAUUUUUGUAUUUGCCAAUAACCUAUUGAGAUAUGAAGAAAAUACACAUACAUACAUUUUCAGUUUGAUGUGUAUUGUUUAUUGUAUUUUAUAUUUCUUUUUUUAUUGUAGAAAACGACAAUGAAAAGUUAAUAAAAUCUAAUUUAUGUACAA